UCACGUGAUAACUUCGUCACAUCAUAUGACUUAUUCGUGAAAACAUGGCCCACAGCUCGGCAGAGAUGUCUUUUAUGUGUAGGUUUAUCUCGUUUUUUGUGAUUAGUUGUGUGUUACUCACUGACGUUGUUGUAGCUGAAGUGCGAACGGCGGUGAUUGACAAAAACACGGGGCAAUUGUCUCUCCUCGAGGGUUUUAGAAAAGAUUUUGUGGCGUGGGCCAACUUCACCGACGACAUUGAAACCUCAGGAUGGUCGUUCUUGGAGGUGACCACUAGCAGUCAAUACAAUGACAGCAUCCAGGCGUAUGCUGCUGGAGCUGUGGAGGCUGCAGUAACUUCUCAGCUUAUCUACAAGCACUGGAUGAACACGCUCAUGGGUUAUUGUGGACCAUUCUCGAAAGAUUCUGGUUACUGUGAUCGCCUUAAGACUUUUAUCACUACUAACCUGCAGUGGAUUCAGGAGCAAACUGAAAAGGAGCCUAAUUCACCUUACUGGUACCAGGUUCGACUGGCUCUUCUUCAGCUCAAAGGUCUGGAGGACAGUUACAAUGAACAACUGUCAUUUCCUCCUGGCCCAAUAUCCUUUGACCCAUUUGGUUUCCUACUCUUCCAAAUGGGCGGAGAUCUGGAGGAUUUGGAAUCAGCUCUGAAUAAAUCCAGCUUGACUCAACCACUGGGAUCCGGCUCGUGCUCCGCUCUCAUUAAGCUGCUCCCAAACAAUAAGGAUCUACUGGUGUCACAUGACACCUGGAACACCUACCAGUCAAUGUUGCGCAUCAUGAAGAAAUACUCCUUUGCCUUCAAAGUUUCACCCUCAAACAAUCUUAUACUCCCUGGACGGAUCCAGGCAUUCUCCUCCUAUCCUGGAUCGAUUUUUUCUGGAGAUGACUUUUACAUCCUCAGUAGUGGCUUGGUUACCCAGGAAACAACUAUUGGAAACAGCAACCCUGCUUUGUGGAAGUUUGUUCAACCCACAGGCACAGUGAUGGAAUGGCUCAGGAAUAUUGUGGCGAAUCGUUUGGCAGUGACCGCUACUGCUUGGGCGGAGGUGUUCAGCCAGUACAACAGCGGCACGUAUAACAACCAGUGGAUGAUUGUGGACUAUAACAACUUCACUCCAGGGAAGACCAACAUCAUGAAGGACCUGUUUGUCGUAUUAGAGCAGAUUCCGGGUAAAAUAAUUUUUAUGGAUAAAACUGAAGAAUUGCUACAGAAAGGAUACUGGGCAAGUUACAACAUACCAUACUAUGAGGAGAUAUUUAAUGCAAGCGGCUGCAAUGAGUUGGUGAAAAAGUUUGGUCCGUGGUUCUCCCUGGACCAAAAUCCCCGGGCUCAGAUAUUCAAGAGAGACCAGAAAAACAUUACAGACGUUGCCUCCAUGAUGCGCCUCAUGAGAUAUAAUAACUUCAAGGAAGACCCCUUGUCACAAUGCCAAGAUUGCAAUCCACCCAAAAAUGGAGAGAACGCCAUCUCAGCUCGCUCCGAUCUAAAUCCAGCAAAUGGCACUUAUCCAUUUGGCGCCUUAGGGCAAAGGGCCCAUGGAGGAACGGACAUGAAGAUGACCUCCUAUGGAAUGUUUCGGCGUUAUGAGAUGCUGGCCGUAAGUGGGCCAACUUGGGACCAAGUGCCACCCUUCCAAUGGAGCACUUCUCCAUACAAAGACCUGCUGCACAUGGGCCAACCCGAUAUUAUGGCAUUUAAGCCUGUUAAAGUGACCUGGACAUCUUGAUAGCAAUAAUGUUUUGCAUAAAAGAAAGAUAGUGGGGUGGAAGUGCUGUGGAGGUUUUGAGAAAGGGAAACAACACGAUGCAAAUGGUUUCUUGGAAAUAGGGUGCAGAUUAUAUUCUGUACAAUGAUUAUAUUCUGGAUUUUCUGUUUAUUUUUUUGCUCAGUAAAACCACAUAAGGGAGAUUUUGAAUGUGAGGAAUUAUGAAAAACAAACGAAUUUGUUUUAUGUCUGAUCAUGAAUGAGUACAUUAGUAUUGUUUGACACAUUUUAAUGUGAUUGUAAUGUGCAUCUUACAUUUUUUAAACUAUUUUCUAAAUUAACUAUCAUCAUUUCUUUGUGAUUUGAGAAUUUCUACUUCACAUUCAAUCUAUGAAAUAUGUUCCGAACAAAUAUACGUAUCCUUCGAAUAAAAACAUCAAAGUUU